UAGUAGAUCCUUUUAGAAACGAAAGCGAGACUGGGACACUGGAAGUAACUCCACAAUGAAAGCGUCGUGUUUUUUAAUAGUUUUAUUGCUGUUUUCUGAUAUAGCAUUUACGUCAGGUUUUAUGGAAGUUUUGGUAGGCAUUGCUUCUCAUGUCUACACAUUGUUUAAAGGGGAUAAAUUAUUGACUUUCGAUCCAAAACGUUUGAAGAAAGAUUUACAUGAGAAUCUCUAUGGGCAGCAUAUCGUGUCAGAGGUGGUACUGAAAUCUGUAUCAGCAUUUUUGACGGACAGUAACCCGAACAAACCCCUGGUCCUGUCUUUUCACGGGCCCACGGGAGUGGGAAAAAACCAUGUCGCUAAAAUCAUCGCGAGCAACAUUUACGAGAAAGGAGACCAGAGCAAACAUUUUAUCACAUUUAUAUCUGAGCAUCAUUUCCCGCACAAAGACAAGGUCGACAUAUACAGUGCACAACUAAAGCAGUGGAUUCAUGGAAAUGUAUCAAGUUUUCCUCGGUCCAUGUUUGUAUUUGAUGAAAUGGACAAGAUGAAUCCGCGGUUGGUCGAAACCAUAAGACCCUUUCUGGACUAUAUGUCACUUGUAGAUGGAGUGUCAUACCGCAAAGCAAUCUUCAUUUUUCUCAGCAAUGCAGGUGGGAAUGUGAUUGCCAACAUGGCUCUGGAUUUCUGGAGAGAAGGUAAAGACAGAGAAGAACUUCAGAUAAACAGCAAGGGAAUGGAGCAUGAAAUCCUUCAACAUGUCUUUAAUGAUAAAAGCAGUGGAUUUUGGCACUCUAAUCUAAUAGAUCAUCACCUGGUGGAUCACUUUAUUCCUUUCCUACCUCUGGAACUGAGACAUGUACGUCAAUGUGUUUUGGCUGAAAUGGCCAAUUUGAACAUGACUGUGGAUCGUUACCCUGAACUUGCAGACACAGUUGCCAGAGAUAUGCCAUAUUUCCCUCCAAAUGAGAAAAUCUUUUCUGUUAAAGGCUGCAAGUCAGUCAGACAGAAGUUAAUGCUGUACACCGAUCACUAGAUGAAAGAGACUUGUUUACUUUUGCUUACCGGUGCCAGCCACUAAAAGACGCUGUUAUAGAUGAUUUUAUUCCUUAGAGUUACUGACAUUGUGUCUGGUUAUAUUUAACUGAUUAGAUUUUGUUAUGAUAAUUUCUGCUUCCUUGGGGAGUUUUGUUGGAACGCUUCUUUUCUCUGUGUCAUAAAAUGCAUUGCAUAACAGUAGUGUAAUUUUUACAUUUGUCUUCGAUGAUUAUUCUUAUUUAUUCAUGAUUUUUUUCUUAUUUAAAACUUGACUCCUGUGUGAAUAAAAUAUUAAAGGAAAUUGUU